CAAUUCUCUUGUUUCAGUGCUCAUCAAAUCUCAUAAAAAACGCGCUAGAGAUAUUCAGUGCGAACAUUACACAAGCACGAACGAAUUCAAAAUACCAAAAUAAUUUUGUUUUCUACGCCAUAGAAUAUAAAAAAUCUUUCAAUUAUCCCCGAGUUCAUAAAAAACCCACACUCCUGUUGCCAGCGCUAUCGGGCCGCCGUUUGGAAAGCCCAUUGGUCUCCUUCACCGCCCGUUCGACGUCCAUUAUCCAUCGAGAACUUUCGAGAAACGGAGGUAUAUCUGCACUGGCAGUCAUAUCCCGAGAAAUAAACGGUCAACGGAGGCCAAGCAUUUUGGAGUCAUUGAGUUUCCUCGUGGAUCACACGACGGUAUUUUGUGAUACAUAAAAAUUGUGAAUCAUCAAAUUGUCAUCAGUUUGUGAAGCAGCUACCAGUCGAACUUUGGAGCCACUGAGGCUAUAGACAGCAAAAUGGUGAAAGAAACAACCUUCUACGAUAUUUUAGGGGUUAAACCCGACUGUUCGCAAGAUGAUCUGAAGAAAGCCUAUAGGAAAUUAGCUCUUAAGUACCAUCCCGAUAAGAAUCCAAAUGAGGGCGAGAGGUUUAAGCAAAUUUCUCAAGCUUACGAAGUAUUAUCGAAUCCGGAGAAGAAACGUAUUUAUGAUACUGGAGGGGAGCAGGCCCUCAAAGAGGGGGGAAUGAGCAGUGGUUUCUCCUCGCCCAUGGAUAUCUUCGACGUAUUCUUCGGUGGUGGCAGUGGUUCGCGUAACAGGAGGUACAAGGGAGAUAAUGUCGUGCACCGACUGUCUGUUUCACUCGAGGAACUCUACAAGGGUACAACUAGGAAACUUGCAUUGCAGAAGAAUGUUAUCUGUGAUAAAUGUGAAGGAUACGGAGGCAAGAAAGGUUCGGCGCAGCAAUGUAGCACCUGUCACGGUACCGGAAUGAUUGUACAGAUUACUCCAAUUGGCCAAGGAGUUGUUCAGCAGAUCAGAGGACCCUGCACCAACUGCAAAGGACAGGGAGAAUACUUUGCAUCACGAGAUCGUUGUAAGCAGUGUACUGGAAGGAAAACUAUCAGGGACCGGAAGAUUUUGGAGGUGCAUAUUGACAAGGGUAUGGUUGAUGGGCAGAGGAUAGUGUUCAGUGGUGAGGGUGACCAAGAGCCGGGACUGGAGCCGGGCGAUAUCAUUAUCAUUCUUGACGAGAAGGAGCAUCCUACAUUCAAACGUUCAGGACACAAUCUUCUGAUGACAAUGACUCUGAACCUUGUGGAGGCACUCUGUGGAUUCCAGAAAAUCGUGCGUACACUCGACGAUCGAGAUCUUCUCAUAACAUCUCUCCCCGGAAAUGUAGUGAAGCACGGUGAUCUCAAGUGUGUUUUAAAUGAAGGAAUGCCAGUUUAUCGCGAUCCAUUCACACGUGGCAAACUCACAAUUCAUUUCACUCUCGAGUAUCCAAAAACAAUUGACCCAGCAAUUGUAUCGAAACUCGAGCAAAUUCUGCCCCCACGUGAUCAUACAAUAAUUCCUGAUGGAGCUGAAGAGGUACUUCUCGAGGACUUUGACCCUAUCGCUGAUGCCCAGGAGCAACGAGAGCGCGGCGAGGCGUAUGACGAGGACAAAGGCUCAUCCCGAGUCCAAUGCGCAACGCACUAAUUCAAAUUUGUAAUAAUGUUAACGCAAAAUACAAAAUUAAGACCACUUUUUAAUUCCAAAAGAUAAACCAACAAACAAUAAUGAAUCAACGAUCCAACUUAUUAUUUAUCCUGACGAGUGUUUUAUGGAUUAAGUCGAUACAUGAUGAGUUAUGGACGUCCAGGAUCUACAUCAUAAUUAUUAGAUGAUAUUCAACUGAAAUUGACAAUUCAGCAGCUGAGGGAAGGGGAAACAAAUUAUGAAAAUUCAUUACAAAAAUCGAAAAUUGUAUCCAAAACAUGAGCAAGUAGAAUAGUCUAAAAAUGAUCGAUUUACCGUUUUAUUUCAAUGAAAUUGAAUUCCAAAAAGUUCUUCAUGGCCACAAAGUAUAAAAAACUGGAGGAAAAAAGUAAUCAGGAACGAUUAAUCAUGAAUUGCUACAUUAAAUUGGCAAUUUCCGUAGCUAAAACACCCUGUCAUUCAUACACACACACACAUACAAAACACCAUCUCCAAAAACUGCAUAUUCAUUGCUAUUUUUUCCUCAGCUGUUGAAUUCACAUCAAAGACAUGAGAAAUAAGGAAAAAAAUUGAACAACCGUUUGUAAUGAUUCAAUCACGAAUGACAGGCCGAACUGGCUUCACUCCUUAUGAAGCCUACGACUAAACUGUAGAAAAAAAAUAACACAACAAAAUGUGCACUCGGCAUUCUGAUUAUUUAAAACAACCUUAGGUGAAUUUAUUGAAUUUCAAUAAAACAAGAGAAAAAAACAUUAAGUGGUCAGUCAGUCGAAUAAUAGUGCUCUGCGUCGUCGAAUUGAUCCCACUACCGAUUAUUGGAUGUUCCUCCCACAUUCGAAUUUCGUUUACAAAUGGAAUCAAUGAAAAUUAAAAAAUCACGGGACAAUGAUUCAGUGACGUCAUCCAAUGAUUUGUUUUCCCCCUUUUUGGUAUCUUUUAAGUUUAGAACUUAGGAAAAGAUCAUUGUGGCUCGGCGGUGAAAUCUGCCAAUUACUGAUCCCCUAGGUUGUUUCUUUAAUAGAAAAAGGAAAAUAAUAAUGAAAUAACAGGAGAGUGAAUAAAGAUAUUUUUAGGCAUGCUUUUAUCAUCGGAGUGAGAAUACUUGACUAGCCGCUGAGCUUUAACCAUAGCAUGAAAAAUCAUUAAUUUAACUAUGGAAAGAUGGUGAUUCAUUCCAAGGUCGGCCCAGGUCUCCAUGUAAUUAGAAAUUAAAUAGUCUAACUCAUGUCGUAAAAACAAAUUACACGAUUCAUUCGAUUUUUGAAAUGUUUUCAAGAAUAAAAUGAUGUGAAAACGAUUGUAACUAUAUAUAUAUACUUUGUACUCGUUACACUAAUUAAUUUAUCAAGAGUCACGAAUACAUUGUAUACGUCAUACAUUAAUGAGAAGGAUGGUAUGUUUCUUCUGUCGUAAAACGGAAUCAUUGCAAUUGAGGAAUGAGAGGGAUUUAAAUUAAACAAAAAUCAACUGAUUAAUAUCUGUAAUCUAUAAAAUGAAGAAAAUGGCAUACUACUACCAUUGUAUUAAUUAUUUCUUCCGAGCGUAAUAUUCACUGGCGAGGAACAGAAUGAAGAAGGAAUAUCUCUGCGGUGUAAAGAAACAAUAACUUAUUGUCGAGGAAUUUUCACGUUGUGCUUCUCUUUGAACCCUUCAGCGAAACUUGAUCCAUUUAAUUUGUAACUCAUCUUAGGGUUUCCUAUAGAACUUAUUUAUGAUUCAUCGGUGAUUGAUUCUGUUGUCGCUUCGAAUAUAUCGUCGCACCACAGUAAUUAUAGGUAAUAUUUUGAUCCUUUUUCACUAUUUAAUUUACUUAUGGAGUAUUAGAGCAAUUGUUUGGCCCUCGAUGCAAAUAAAACUGGUUAAUAUGUAUAAUAAAUCCCUUUUUGAUUUUGCGAA